AUGUCUCUCCAAGCCUACGAUCCUCCGGUCAUCAACGCGUUCCACCAGUGCGACCCCGCGGCGCACGUGUGGAAGCAUGACCCCAAUAUCGUCUACGUGUACGGAUCGCAUGACUGGAACUCGACCAGGCAGCCUCCAGUGCAAUACGACAUGAAAGACUACUAUGUGCUCACGCAGACCGACUACACCAAGCCUGCCGUGGUGGGACCCAAGCUUUUGGACCUGACGGACAUUCCAUGGGCGAGCCAGCAGCUGUGGGCUCCGGAUGCGGCGUAUUCGGAGGCGACCAACAUGUACUACCUGUUCUUCCCGGCCAAGGACAAGGAGGGCGUCUUCAGGAUCGGCGUGGCGACAUCCGACAAGCCCGACGGCAAAUUCAAGGCCGAGCCAAACCCCAUUGCGGGCACGUACAGCAUUGACCCCACGAUCCUGGAAGACAACGGCAACUACUACAUGGUUUUUGGAGGGCUGUGGGGGGGUCAGCUGCAGGCGUGGAACAACAAUGUUUUGAACGAAUCUCUGUUUGGCAACAAUGCGCCCACGUCGGGCCCGGCGCUUGGGCCCCGCUUCGCUAAGCUGUCGGCCAAUCUCACUGCGCUCGCCGCCCCGCCCAAGGAGCUCGUCAUCUACGACCAAGACGGCAAAGUCAUGCAGGCAGACAGCCCGCGCCGCUACUUCGAGGCCCCCUCGCUCAACAAGGUCGGCGGCCUCUACGUGCUCCAGUACUCGACAGGCACUUCGCACACGAUUGAAAUCGCUGUUGGACACAAGCCCGACGGUCCGUUUUACUGGAAGAACACGUUGCUGCAGCCCGUCAAGGGAUGGACGACGCACGAAUCCAUUGUCAACUUCAAGGGCGAUUGGCUCCUCUACUAUGCUGACUCGUCGCUCUCCGGAAGAGACGAUCUGCGCAACACAAAGGUCAGGAAGCUGCUGUUCCAGAACGGCACCUUUGAGCUGGCUCAGCCGCAGCCCGUUGUAACGCAGUAG